AUGGACGACAAUAUAGACUGGCCGGUGAUAUACCAGCGAAUUCGGACUUCGUUCCAGAAUGCGCUGGCUGAGUCAAUCGUGAACAAGCUGAGAAAAGACCAAUUCAACAGAUCUAGUUUGUAUCAGCUGCUUAAAAUAGCGGAACACAAGAACGAUGACGCGACAUCCCUUGAAUAUUUACAUGGCUGGGCUAAUUCUGAGAACUACGAUAUUAUACCACCCCCAAAACGUGGCCCAGGUCGACCACCGAAGUCAUCCCAGCCGGAGGAUGACGAGACUGUCGAUAUCCCCUACAAGCACGUAUGGAAGACUGGUGAUCCUGUGCUGCUCCAGAAUACACACAAACCUACGGAAAAAGUCGGUGGCGGUCAGGCACUCUAUACGACCUUCCCGGCUAGGAUAAAACAGGGCAUCAGCACUCUUAUGCAGCCAGUCAACGCUACCCUUAACCCUCAAGGUGUUAUCGAGCCAAAGUAUAGCAAUCCACAGAAAGAAAGUCUGGCGAUGCAGGCGAUUGCUAAUUCGAGAAGGAAGGGUCAUGUGAAUUAUGCAGAGAAGGAUCCAGAUGAUUUCGAGGAUGAGGGCGAGAGUGAUGAUGAGUCCGGCAGUCGCAGACGGUCGUCGAGACGGCAGACCAUGGACGGUGGAUCGACUGGACCAUCCACACCCCUACCAAGUGGUACCAAGCGUGGUGAUCAAUAUAGCUAUGUUGGUCCAUACCUCAGCGAUAUCCCACCAGGCUCGUCGAUAGUGUCCGAGUAUUUAGAUAAGGACAGAAUGUUCAGAUUGCAAUACGCUUCAGAGAGAGAUCUCGAGAGUAGCGCUGCGAGAACAUUCUUGCCGGUUCCGAUAAGGAUAGAAAUUGACCACGAAAAUUGGAGACUGAGAGAUACAUUCGUCUGGAAUGCCAACGAGACUGUGCUCAGACCCGCGACGUUCGCAGAGGGCUUGUGCAGUGAUCUCAAGAUCCCAACCAGACCAUACGCUGAUCAAAUAGCUAGCUUGAUGCAGCAGCAAAUCGAAGAGCAUCAAGCUGUUGUUGAAGUAGACGUCAGUCAUAGAGAGCGUCUCAAGGAGUUGAGUAAUGGUGGCUUAGUUACCGUCCAAACCACAAAACCGGGAGAAGAUGAAGAUGACUAUGAGAGCAACUUGGUGUAUCUCCGUGAAAGGCCUCAAGAGCGCAAAUUUGCAGGCGCUAAACAGGUCGAAGAGGUGGAUGGACCACCUGAAGAGCAAGAUAUAGCGAUGAAUCUGGAGACUGACUUGAGGGUCAUUUUGAAUCUCGAUGUGCAAUUCGCCAACUUCCACCUCGUCGAUAAGGUUGAGUGGGAUUUGUGCUCACCGAUGCCACCAGAGCUUUUUGCCGAGACGCUGUGUCUGGAUCUCGGUCUGUCGGGAGAAGCCAAGGCAGCAAUAGCACACGUCAUUCACGAAGAACUCAUCAGACACAAGAAAGAGGCGAUUGAAUCAGGGCUCAUGGGAGCAUCGACAGGCCAGCUUUCAGACUUAGACCACCCACUGUUUAACGGGAAAGGUCCAAGGAAGCUGGAGUCGGUGUGGAGAGAGUGGCAUGAAGCAGACGAGUAUAUUCCACGAUUGAACUAUUACGCAGCUGCAGACAUUGAGAAGCGUGAGCUUGAGAGGGAAAAGUCAACCAGGCGCAUGCGCAGAGACAUAUCGAAACCGGGUACAGGGUUUGGGUCGAGACGCAGAUAUGGCCGCUAA